AUGACAUCACGAAGUGCCCCUUCUUUGUGUGUCAGUGAUGUCACCAAAUGCAGUGUGGGGGACAAUGGAAUCCUGAACUCCGGGCGAGGGCGAGUGGGAAGCGUCUGCUCCUGCUGCUGGUUCAGGGCUGAGCCGGGGGAGGGAAGGUAGAACACAGCUGCUGCUUUAGGGCUGAAACAGGUGAGAAGUUACUGCUGCCGGAGGGACAAAGCAGCGAGAGAGACACGAGUGGCCAGGCCCAGCCGCACCGAGGAGGAGCAGCCAGACACAAAGGGAGAGGUUGGGGUGUGUGGUGGGGGGGUCGCUAUGUCGGAUGACGAUUCGAGGGCCAGCACCAGCUCCUCCUCAUCUUCAUCCUCCAACCAACAGACAGAGAAAGAGACAAGCACGCCUAAGAAGAAGGAAAGCAAAGUCAGCAUGAGUAAAAACUCUAAACUGCUAUCUACCAGUGCCAAGAGGAUUCAGAAGGAAUUGGCUGACAUCACCUUAGAUCCACCUCCCAACUGCAGUGCUGGCCCCAAAGGUGAUAACAUCUACGAAUGGAGAUCAACCAUUCUAGGGCCUCCAGGUUCAGUCUAUGAGGGAGGUGUUUUCUUCCUUGACAUCACAUUUACACCAGAAUAUCCCUUCAAGCCUCCAAAGGUAACGUUCCGGACAAGGAUCUACCACUGUAACAUUAACAGCCAAGGCGUCAUCUGCCUGGACAUUUUAAAAGACAACUGGAGUCCAGCAUUAACCAUUUCUAAAGUUCUCCUCUCCAUCUGCUCCCUCCUCACAGACUGUAACCCCGCUGACCCCCUGGUUGGAAGCAUUGCCACUCAGUACAUGACUAACAGAGCAGAGCAUGACAGAAUGGCCAGACAAUGGACCAAAAGAUAUGCUACAUAAAUUGGAUUUUCG